AUGAUUUCCUCCACUAGCACGUCGUCAGACAGCGGCUCCGAGAAAGAUCAUGUCAUCUCCAUCCACGCACACAACGCGCCGCAGGCUCGCAAGUUAGCUGCCGAGACCGGCGCGGGAGCGGGCGACACCGCGGGCGUUGGCGCAGCCAUUGACGCCGGCGUCGCCGCAGAGGCCGCCGACGCGAGCAGCGUGGCGUCUAGCACAGUGGACCAGAACAGACCGGAGACGUUUCUCAACAGCGACGACUUGGAGCGUGUAACAGACUCCGAGAUCUACCCUCAGAAACGUCUCUUCAGCCUGCUGCACACGCGCAAAAUUCCCCAGAUCCCCCUGCCCGAGGAGCGCAAAACGUACCCGCUGUACCACACUAACCCAAUCUACUACGCGUUUUUCUGGUGGGUGUUCCCUAUUAUCCGUAUUGGAUACAAGCGUACGUUGCAACCCAAUGAUCUGUGGGCCAUGGAUAACCGCAUAUCCAUCGAAGCCAUAUACGCGACUUUCACCAAAUACAUGGACCACUACACCGAGAUUGCGCGCCAGAACUACGCCCAAGAGCACCCAGAAGCCUCGCCGGAGGAUGUACGCGAAAACACUACUCUCUCGAAGCACGCACUUUUCAAAGCGCUUCUGCGCACUUUCAAGUUGCAGUAUUUCUUCGCGCUUAUUGCAAUGUCGCUUUCGAACGCGACCUCGGCGUUCAUUCCUAUGGUCACCAAACGUUUAAUUAGAUUUGUGGAGGAGAAAGCAUUAGUGCCUGGCUUGAAAGUCAACGCUGGUGUCGGCUACGCGAUUGGUGCUAGUAUUAUGAUGUUGCUCAAUGCAAUUCUUCUGAACCACUCGUUCCAUCUUGCGCAGCUCACGGGUGUGCAGGUCAAAUCCAUUCUCAUCAAGGCCAUUCUAAACAAAUCUUUCAAGCUUUCAGGAUACUCCAAGCACAAGUUCCCUAACGGAAAGAUCACCUCGGUCAUGUCCACGGACUUGUCUCGUUUGGAGCUUGCCAUCAUGUUCCAGCCUCUGCUCGGUGCCUUCUUCGUUGCCGUAAUCAUCUGUAUUGUCCAGUUGAUUGUCAACCUAGGCCCAGUUGCGCUGGUGGGUGUUGGCAUCUUCGCCGCAGCGAUGGUUGGAUCUGCUUAUGCCUUCAAAAGGAUGAUCAAUGUGAGGAAAACCACAAACCAGUUCACGGACGCCAGAGUCACACUCAUGCGCGAAAUUAUGAACAGUAUGAAGAUGAUCAAAUUCUAUGCUUGGGAAGAUGCCUAUGAGAAGAACGUUAACGACGUUCGUACUUUAGAAAUCCGCCAGACAAGGAUAAUGCAGUUCACGAGAAACUUCGUGACCGCGCUGGCUGUAUGUUUGCCCAGUUUGGCCUCAAUGGUCACCUUUUUGGUAAUGUACAAAGUGAACAACAACGGCAGAAACCCUGCCGACAUAUUCUCCUCUCUUUCCCUUUUCCAAGUGCUGAGUAUCCAAAUGUUCUUUUUGCCCAUGGCUUUAGGCACUGGUGUUGAUGGGUCAAUUGCACUAAAUCGUGUUCAGGAAAUUUUGGAAGCCGGCGAAGAAGAUCAGGACAUUGAAAAGACAUGCUUGCCAAUGGACGACGAAAAGCACGCCUUGAAGUUAGUCAAUGCGUCUUUCCAAUGGGAGAACUUCGAAGUCGAAGAGGCCAAGGACGUGGCCAAGGCGAAGCAAGCAGAGGACGACAAGAAAAAUCGUAAGGAUAAAAAGCACAAUGCACAUGAAGUAAAGACGAAUGAUUCAGAUUCGACAGCUGACUCCAAGAAAGCGCCAAAUGUUACGUUUAAGGGGUUUGACAACCUGAACAUCCAAAUUACUAAAGGUGAACUAGUCAUAGUCACUGGCUCUGUUGGUACAGGUAAGUCUUCCCUGCUCUAUGCCCUCUCAGGAUUUAUGAAGAAAACUGGGGGCGAUAUUUAUAAGGACGGCACCAUGCUGUUGUGUGGGUACCCUUGGAUCCAAAACGCCACUGUCAGAGACAAUAUUCUGUUUGGUUCUCCUUAUAACGAAGCUCGUUACAACGAAAUCAUCAGGGUGUGCUCACUACAAGCCGACCUUGAACUGCUGCCGGCGGGAGACCGCACUGAGAUUGGAGAGCGUGGUAUCACACUUUCUGGUGGCCAAAAAGCGCGUAUCAACCUCGCUCGUGCAGUAUACAAGAAAAAAGACAUCUACCUAUUUGACGACGUUUUGAGUGCUGUUGACGCCCGUGUGGGUAAGCACAUCAUGGACGAGUGUUUGAUGGGCAAGCUGGAAGGGAGCACCAGGGUUCUGGCGACUCACCAGCUCAGUCUGAUCGCUAGGGCUUCCAAGGUUAUCUAUAUCGAUCUCGACGGCAGCGUUGAUGUUGGGUCUGUUGAGGAAUUGAAGAAAAGGAAGCCUGGGUUCGUGAAUCUCAUGCAGUACUCGAACCACUCCGAAUCCGAGAAGAAGCCAGGCGAGGUCGAAGAAGAGAAAAGACAAGAGGCGGGUGCGGGCGCUCAGCCAGUCCGCCCCGAAAUCGACUCUCGUCAAAGCGAGCUCGAGGCCUCUGAGCUCAAGAAGCAAGUGAGCAAACGGUCCCAGCUUCAAGACGAACAGAAGGGCGUAGCGCCCGACGGCCGUCUGACCUCCAAGGAGGAGCGCGCUGUGAACUCCAUCAGCUACAAGGUUUAUCAGCAGUACAUCACCGCUGGUGUCGGCAAAAAGGGAUUUUUAAUGCUGCCGAUCUACCUCAUGCUGCUGGCAGUGAGCACGUUCUCGCUGCUGUUCUCGUCGGUGUGGCUGUCGUUCUGGACGGAGAACAAGUUCAAGCACAAGAAGACGCCCUUCUAUAUGGGCAUGUACACGUUCUUUGUGUUUUUCAACUACUUUGUCACCACCUCGCAGUUCUCGCUGAUCUGCUACAUCGGGCUGAGCGCCGCCAAGCGACUCAACCUGAAGGCCGUUCAGAGGCUGCUGCACACACCCAUGUCGUUCCUGGACACCACGCCCAUCGGGCGGGUGCUCAACCGCUUCACCAAGGACACGGACACCGUGGACACGGAGCUGACGGAGAGUGUGCGUCUGUUCGUGUUCCAGCUGUCGAACAUCGUGGGCGUCAUAGUGAUGUGCAUCAUCUACCUGCCGUGGUUCGCGAUCGCGGUGCCGUUCCUGAUGCUUGUGUUUGUCGGCGUCGCGGACCACUACCAGAGCUCGAGUCGUGAGAUCAAGCGGCUGGAGGCGGUGCAGCGGUCGCACGUGUUCAACAACUUCAACGAGGUGCUGGGCGGCAUGGACACGAUCCGCGCGUACCGCGGCGAGCGCCGCUUCCUCACGAAGUCCGACUUCCUGACCAACAAGAUGAACGAAGCCGGCUACCUGGUCGUGGCGAUACAGCGUUGGGUGGCGAUCGCGCUGGACAUGAUCGCGAUGGCUUUCGCGCUGAUCGUCACGCUGCUGUGUGUGACGCGCCAGUUCCACAUCUCCGCCGCGUCGGUCGGAGUGCUGCUGACGUACGUGCUGCAGUUGCCCGGCCUCCUGAACAUGCUUCUGCGUGCGAUGACGCAGGGCGAGAACGACAUGAACAGCACGGAGCGGCUGAUAUCGUACGCCACGGAGCUGCCGCUGGAGGCCGCGUACCGCCGGCCCGAAAUGAGUCCGCCGGCCGAGUGGCCGACCGACGGCCGCAUUGAGUUCGACCACGUAAGCCUGGCCUACCGCCCCGGCCUGCCGCUCGUGCUGAAGGACGUCACCCUGCACGUCGCCGCCGGCGAGAAGAUCGGCAUCUGCGGCCGCACGGGUGCGGGUAAGUCGACCAUCAUGAGCGCGCUGUACCGCAUGUGCGAGCUGCACGACGGUUCCAUCACCAUCGACGGCGUCGACAUCUCGACCCUCGGUCUCUACGACCUGCGGAGCAAGCUGUCGAUCAUCCCGCAGGAUCCGGUCAUGUUCAAGGGCGACGUGCGCAAGAACCUGGACCCAUUCCACGAGCGCACGGACGACGAGCUGUGGCACGCGCUGGUGCGCGGCGGCGCCAUCCCCGCGGAGAGCCUCGCCACCGUGCGCGCCCAGACCCACGAGAACGCCGGCUCGCUCAGCAACAUGCACAAGUUCCACCUGCAGCAGGAGGUCGAGGAGGACGGCACCAACUUCUCGCUGGGUGAGCGCCAGCUGCUGGCGCUGACCCGCGCGCUGGUGCGCCAGUCGAAGAUCCUCAUUCUGGACGAGGCCACCUCCUCCGUGGACUACGAGACGGAUGCCAAGAUCCAGACCCGCAUUGUCGAGGCCUUCUCGAACUGCACCAUUCUGUGCAUCGCGCACCGUUUGAACACCAUUCUGGACUACGACCGCAUUCUGGUGCUGGACCAGGGGCGCGUCUGCGAGUUCGACACGCCAGCCGCGCUGUAUGCGCGCGGCGGCGUCUUCACGGAGAUGUGUGACCGUUCCGGAAUCACGCGCGACGACUUCAACACCCGCCACCACUAG